AUGGCUGGUGACCUGGAGGCUUUUGGCACCCUUUCUCUUGGCGGUGCUCUCAAAGGGUACUUGCAGGACCUCCCAACCCCCAUAGUGCCCACCUGUGCCCAGGUGGAGAUUCUGCGGGUUCUGCAAGAUGCUGCCCCUACAACGGAUCUGGGCCACCAGCGUCAGCUACUCCUCUCAGCCCUGGAGCGUCCAGGGGUCCUGCCUGUCCCACACCUCCUCACCUUCCAGUUCCUCCUGUGCCAUUUGGGCAAAGUGGCUGCCCACGCUGAGAGCAGUGGGCUCUGCCCACGGGUAUUGGGGGAAAUCUUUGGGCCUCUCCUGCUUGGUGUGGGCCCAGCCGCCAGCGCUGAGGUGACCCCCGAGUUCCCUGCCCUCUUCCUGCAGACACUUCUGCAGACCAAAGACCCAGAGGCAGACUUGCUCCCUCCAGCUCUGCCCCCCAAGCCCCCAAAGCCAAAGGCAGCAGUGACAGCCACAGGACCCCUCCCCAACGGCGGCAACGGAAUCCCCCUCCAGGAUGCUGAGUGGUACUGGGGGGACAUUUCCAGGGAGGAAGUGAACGAGAAGCUCCGGGACACUCCAGACGGCACCUUCCUGGUGAGAGAUGCAUCCAGCAAGAUCCAAGGCGAAUACACCUUGACACUGAGGAAAGGCGGCAACAACAAGCUGAUUAAAAUCUUCCACCGGGAGGGCAAGUAUGGCUUCUCCGAGCCCCUAACCUUCGGCUCAGUGGUGGAGCUGAUCACCCACUAUCGUCACGAGUCGCUGGCCCAGUACAACGCCAAGCUGGACACCCGUCUCCUCUACCCUAUCUCUAAGUACCAGCAGGUGAGGCAGGUUCUGCGGAGUCUGCAAGGGGUGCUAGCCAGACCCAGGGAGGGGAAGGGGAGCUGAAUGACGUCUCCAUGGCAGUCUACCCAGGGAUUUUACAGGGAGGCAGGGAGCAAGGUUUUUGCUUGGUUUUGGACCCAGGUGGAUCCGAAGGGGUCCUCAGUCAGAGCUGUUCUUAUUACAAGGUGAUCCAGGGUGGCAAAGGGGUCUGUUGGGGCCACUUCAUAGCAUUAAAUGGAGCUCCCCAUUUCCCAAGGCACCAGUUGUGGGAGGGGUACAAUGUCUUCUCCUUGUGUGUGCUUACCAAAAGCUUGAAAAGGCUUGCUGGCCCAUGUAAGGAGACAGAAUACAGCAGCAGCCCUUGAACUGCAACUCCCAGCAUCCUUCACUAUUGGCUAUAUGUUAUUAAUAGGGGGACUUGUUGGAGUUUAUGUUGUGUGGAGGGAUGCAAUGUCUUCUUCUCAUGUAUGUCUACCAGAAGCUUGAAAAAUGAAAGGAGGCAAAUGCAAAGGAACCCAUGAAAGGAGACAGAAUGCAGCAGCAGCCCUUGGAUUACAACACCCAUCAUCUUUCACUGCUGGCUAUAUCCAAUUAUCAAGUGGGGAGGGGCUUGUUGGAGGCUUUAUAAAAGGGAACUUCUUUGUCAGAGGCUUUGUUGACUGAAGUAUGAUUGCACUACAGUUCCCAGAAUCAGCAGCUGGACUGGGCAGGGAGCGCUGGGGGCUGUACUCCAGAAUGGUGCCUUGCCUGUGGCAUGGAUUUGGGAGUUGAUCCAGUGAGAUGAGCGCAGAAGCUAUGCCAG